AUGACGAUUGGUGCGGAUCGGCCGAUCUUCGGCCGAUCCGCUUCAGGUGACGCGUCCUUAGUAGACGCGAGCAUCUGGGUACUGCAGCUUCUCAAGGCCAUGCGCGGAGAGCUGCUGCCGGGCGCGCACGUGCUGGGCUUCCUGCGGCGCGUGUGCAAGCUGCUCUUCCUGCGCGUCCGCCCGCUCAUCGUCUUAGACUGCGCCACGCCCGCGCUCAAGCACCGCACCGUCCUUGCGCGCCGUCGCCAGCGGGAGAACGCGCAGAUCUACCUGCGCUGGACAGCGGAGAAGCUGCUGCUCUACCAGGUGCGCGUGGCCAGGGGGGAGAAGGGGGUCGCAGAUGACGGCCAGAUCUCUCCCCCCCCUUCUCCUGUGUUCCGCACCUGUUUUUAUCCACCCUCCGUGGCAUAUAUUCCCUCUCUGUCCCUGUCCUCUCCUCUCAUUCCUAACUCCCCUCCUUGUUCUGUCUCCCUUCCCUGUUCUAUCUCCCACCUCUGUCCUACCCCCCUUCCCGGUCCUCUCUCCCCUCUCCGUCCCAACUCCUCUCCGCUUCCUAUCCCCCCCUCUCCGCCCUGUCCUAUCCCCUCUCUCCGCCCUGUCCUAUCCCCCCCUCUCUGCCCUGUCCUAUCCCCCCCUCUCCGCCCUGUCCUAUCCCCCCCUCUCCGCCUUGUCCUAUCCCCCCCUCUCCGCCCUGUCCUAUCCCCUCUCUCCGCCCUGUCCUAUCCCCCCCUCUCCGCCCUGUCCUAUCCCCCCCUCCCUGCCCUGUCCUAUCACCCACUCUCCGCCCUGUCCUAUCCCCUCUCUCCGCCCUGUUCUAUCCCCCCUCUCCGCCCUGUCCUAUCCCCUCACUCUGCCAUGUCUCCACCCCUCUCUCUUUUCCCUAUCCUAUCCCCCCUCUCUGCCCUGUCCUAA